CUCGCUUACCCCUCUUAAUCCUCAGGCGCCUCGGCGCCUCUUGAGCGGAUGAGGAUCUAGUGGUCAUGUUCCGUCCCUCCUCUGACCCGCAGAGCAUGCCGCCCUUCCCACCCGACAGCCGCAUCUCUGGCCAGCCACACUCGGAGCUACAGGACGGAGGCGACAGGGGGAGGGCAGCCGCACCACCUCCCGACCCGUGGCUGCUGGGCGACUUCGAGAGGAGGGCGUCGAGCGCGUCUGGAGUGCCGGGCCUGGGAGGUGACAUGAGGCCAUCGCAGCUGGGGCUCGUGACGGCUGGCGAGUCGAACUCGUCGCCUAUGGGGUCGGCAUCGCACCACGAGCGCCUAACGCUCGUCAAGCAGAGGCUCAUGAGCAUUCUCGACGUGCCUGUCGGUAAGCCGCCCUUGAUUGAGUCUUCCUUCACACGUCUACUUGUCAGUCACUGAGGUGUGUGCGUAUCGUUCGUAUGGCUGACCAUGUCAUGUGUGCCUUGCAUUGCAGCAGCAGUCAAAGGUAUACCUAUCGGCAACCUGAAGCGGCUCCAUCGUGAGAUCUACAAGGAGGAGCUGGACGAGAAGAUGCUGGGCUACGAAAAGUUUAGUUCGUUCCUCGAAGACGUGUCGGACAUACUCGUGGUGAGUCAGUGAGUGAGCCGCGGCGCCUUCGUCACUCACUCAGUGAGUGAGUGAGCCGCGGCGCCUUCGUCACUCAUUCACUCACUCAUUGACAGGCGGGAACGCUGAUGGAAGGUGGCUGUGGUGUCUGCGGGUGUCAUCAGGUUGUGCGUGACGAUGAGCGGGGCAACAUCAGGGUCUUUCCCAAGCCCAGCCAGAUACCCACAAUCAGCUCCGAGACAAGAGGUGCGUGAGGCGACAGACAGACAGGACAAGGCCGGCGCGCCACACGCCGGAUUGCUUUGUAUGUAUGUAUGUGUUGUUACGUUACUUACAGGAGGCAGAUUGUCGUGGAAUGAGCUGAAGAAGGCGAUAGUCCGUUUGAUCCACGAGCACGCCGACCCAACUACAGGCCUGCUCUGCUCCCAGCUCAAGCCGCUCAUCAGUACGCAGAGCGGCCGAACGCACUCAAUCGUUCCCUCCCUCCCUCCCGUGUGUUGUGUUCCUUCCGCAGAGACCCAUGUCGACCCCUUCUUCCACGAGCGCUCAUUUGGUUUCCGUCGCUUCAGCCAGCUGAUACGGUCGAUCGAUGAGAUCGACGUGGUGUGGGGAGCCAGUGAGGAUGUGCGGGUGCGGCCUCUGAGGCCUGGCUUCCCUUCGCACCGGCUGCCCCAAGAGCGAUCCGACCACUCGCCAUACGAGGCGUCAAUGGCGUCGGUGAGCGACUCACCCCCCUACCUCGCGUCGCUGCCGUCCUCCCAGUCGCCCCCUCGCAAGGACAACCUGACUGGCCAGGCGGAGUCGAUGAAUCGAUCGACCUGUUGCAGCUCGUCCGAGAUCUCCCGUGCAGCCUCGGCGGGGGCGCUGUGUCCGCCGCCGGUGCAGGAGGGCGGCGAGCCGACAUCUUAUCAGCUGGAGAGGAUGAGCCACAGAGGGGCGCUGACCAGGUCGGCCUACUCGAUGGACGUCCAGAGUUGUCGCUCGGAGGACAAGACGGCGAGGAGUCACCCACUGGCACAGAUCCACCAGGCACACUCAGUGCCUUCGUCUCUGCAUUCGGGUGCGAAUCCCUCGCCGUCGUCUUCUUUCAUGAGCGCAUCGUCGGCCCGGCCGCCACCCCUCCAUCCCCAUCGCGAUGCCUCCCCGCCUUUUGUGCCACCACGGCAGCAGCAGAUGGCGCAGGCGCCCUACCCCCCACCGCCCCCCAGGCACACGCCAAGCAGCGCCCUGCAGAACCAGCGGCACUUCAGCCCCUCGCCCCCUUCGUCGGCCAGAUCGCACGGAGUGGGCAAUGGCAACGGCAAUGGGUACUAUCAAACGCGAUCGGGUGAGGGUCAAGUGUCGCCGCGGGAGGGAAAGCCACAGGUGCGGCCGGCGUCCGGACCACAGGACCAUGGCGUGAUGGACGUGCUGCAGGUAGGCAUCCACACGCACCCAUGAGAUGAGCCACACGGACCCGUCACCACCGUCCAUCCCUCCCUCCCUCCAUUUCUCUCUGUCUGUCUGUCUGUCUGUCUGACGUGUGUGUGACAUCACAUGUGUGUGUUUCAGCGAGUGUGCAGCCGGUUGAGGCAGGUGGAAGAGCAGGUGUCCCGGCAGUGGGAUUGCAUCCAGGUGCUGCAGUCGGACAACCUUCGCUUGCAGCGGUGUCUGCAGGCGGCCAUCGCCCACCCCCCUCCCCCCUCCCCUCCAUCGCGCCCCCCGCCGCGUGCAGCACGGCCAACCGCCGCUCCCCCUCCUCCUGGCUACUCUGCCACCCAGGCUCCUCCAGCGGCCAGGGAAACCUCCGACGGCAACCUCGAGAGCCUGUUUGACUUCGACGAGACCUUUCACCUGAGGGGGCUUGGCUUGGACGGCAGCGCCGAGGAGACAGCAAUUGCACACCAGGCGGCGGGACCGGAGCUGUCCGAAGGGUCGGCCGGUGAUGUCGUCAGCACGAUGGCGGCGUUGCCGCUGUCCCGUCAGCAGAGCGGCUUCGAUUGAUAGACGAGGGCGAGCCAAGACAGCUCGAGGGCGGCGACUGACUGGCUGGGUCGGUCUUUCUGGCGUGAGGCGGUUGGUUGAUGGGGCGGACGGGAGACGGGUAGAUUGGUUGAUGGAGGUGGGUCGUGGCUGUCUGUGUGCUUCGUGACUCAUUCAUUGAUCGACUGAUUGGUCUGAAUGGCUUCGUGGUGGUUCGUAGGGUGGUUCGUAGGGAGGAAAUGAAAGGGAGGGAGUGGGUGAGCUUUGGGUGGGCAGGGCGGGGUGGGUGGGUGGGUGGGUGGCAUUUGUGCGCUUUGAAGGAAGAUCAGUGUGUGUGUGCCGUCUGUGUGUGUGUGUGUGUGCGUGUGUGUUCCGUUUGUGUGUGUGUUUGAUAUGUGUCUGUCUGUCUGGCCCGUUUCUGGUAUGGUAAUUAGCAAUCAGCGGUCUAUCUUUUUUCGUCGGGUGGCACGGCAUGGCAUGAUGAUGGAUGCAUCUAUCCCCGCCUCGCCUCGCCUGACGUGCUCGGCUCGACUCUACCUGACUGACUGCCUGGUUGCUGGGCCGCGUCGCCCCUCACCAGACACGAGCCUUCAUGAUCGUUUGAGAGCUCGAAUGUGGUGGGUGAUGAUCCGAUCGGUGGCUGCGUGUCUGAUGUCUGAGUGUCUGAGUGUCUCAGUAAGCCCAUGAAUGAAAUGAAUCGCAUGAUGGAUGUGAUUGAUAUGCUCCUCUCGGCUCUCUCCUGCCCACUAAGACAAAUGACCUGGAGAUGGGCUGGAUGGAACCAGGAGGCCGCAUACAUACUCCCUGCCUGCCUGCCUACCCACCUACCUACCUACAUGCUCGCAUGCACGUGACGACCAACCGAUGAAUGAAUGAAUGAAUGAAUGAGGGAGGGAGGGAGGGAGGGAUCGACGGUAGAGAACUAUUUUUAUCCGACAGGCGAGCGAGGGUGUUUGUGAUGUGCUAGAUGGAGCAGGGAGUGCGCACGGCGUCCAGUAGCUACUGCUGGCAUUGGCGUGCAUGGAGCUGGCUGGGAUAGCGAGGGUGUGUUUUUCCAUCCAUCCAUCCAUCCGUCCGUCCGUCCGUCCAUCCAUGGGUGUACGUGACGUGUCUGUCUCAGCGUGCUGUGCUCAUGUGCGUGUGUGUGCGUUUGUGCAUGUGUGUGAUUCUGUGUGGACGUGUGCGUGGUUGCGUGUUUUUCAGGUGGGUGGGGUAUUUUUCGGGUAGGUGUGGGCCUGCAUCGGUCUACUAACUCCUUCUCUGUCUGUCUUCCUGUCUCUCUUGUCUCUCUGUCUGUCUGUCUGUCUGUCUGGGUGCCAGGGGGCAGCUUUAAAUGUUUUCCUGCCUGCCUGCCUGCCUGCUUCUUGCCUGUCUUGCUUCUUUUGUGUUUGUCUGUCCACCGGAGAAACAACACUGACUGAGUGAGGGCUCUGCCGUCUUCUAAGCUGUAGGACCUGCCUCCGGUGUGGUGGUGUGUGUGUGUGUGUGUGGUGAUGUGUGUGGUUGGAUGCCAUGAUGGUGGGUGCGGGGGAAUCCGGCAAUGGCGCAGCAAGCGAUUGUGUACGGUACGAGUGUAAGCGAAUAAGUCGGCGUAAGGCAACAAACAAGAUGGGGCCCUUGUUGCAGCUUACGUAGCUACCGUCGACACAAGACGUAUACACAUACAUCGUGAUGGGAGGAAUGGAAUGGAUGAAUCCCAUCCCUUGGUUGGUGGCCCGGUCCACACUCAGACAGACAGACAGACGCUUACUUGACUUGAUGCAUGUACGUCCGUACGUGUGGGAAAGCAACGAGUUAAGCGAGAGAGCCAAGCCAGUCCAUCAGGCAUUAGCCAAGACAAUGAAUGAUAUACAAUGACACAAUGACUCGUGCGUUGGUCAUGCACAGAUACGUACCUAAUGCUCAUUCAUCGCC